AUGUCGGACGAAAAACCCAAAAAGGGUGCACCGUCUGGGUCGCUUCUCGUCACACUUGCCGUCAUUCUAAUCGUUUUAAUCGGCCUUGCUGCCCUUGUAUUUUUCCUUUUAACUGGAGCUGCACUUGGUUUUCGAGGGGAUGAAGUAGCAACUAACGAAACCCUGACUGGAGAAACAACCCCUCCUCUAAUCGGCUCUAUCAAUUCUCGACCUGUCAUUUCCAAGCCGGCAUCAUCUUCUGAAGAAUUGGAAGAGUAUACGACAAAGCGGAUGUCUACUACCCCAAGCACGUCAACAACCACCACUGGUGAAAAAGAAGAAUUUGAAAUCAAGAGUGUCGAUUUGGACCCGGAAGCGGAAGUGGAUGAGAAGAACGCUACCGAUUCAUCUGUAACACCAGUUACAGUACCGCCAAAAAUUACCUAUACUGCACAGAACCAAGCCGCCAUCGACCAAUGCAAUGCCCUCGAAUCUGCCAACACCUGCCCGCCGAUCCUCUUCAAUCCGGAUACCAGACCUAUCGAUCAAAUCCAAACCUCCUUCAAACCAUUGCACUAUAACCUCUCCCUCCUCGUCCGAAACGUCAUUGCCGGCGAGCUAAGCGGAGCUCUGAGGCUUCAACUAGAAGCCCUAGAACCCACAAAAGAUAUCCUCCUCCACGUCGGCGCCGGCUAUCGCUCCCAUAACGAAAUGUUGACAACGGCCAUCUCUUGCACAUCCGGCAAAUCGGUCUGCUUGAAAAAUCUGUACCAUGAUGCUCGAAAGGGAUUGAUCGUGAUCAGUCUAACGGAGGAGAUCCCGGCUGGAGAAAGCCUGCGACUGGAAAUUAAUGAUUUUUAUGUCCAAAAUGCUCGUGCUUUCUUUACGCAACGACAGGGAUAUGCCAAGGAUCCUGAGAUGAUGGGGACUAAGAUGGACGUGAAAAAUCAGAUGACAUUCUUCCCAUCGAUUCCCGGCUACAAGGCUCCAUUCUCACUCUGCAUUAGCCAUUCACCAUCUCUUAAUGUCAAAUCGAAUAGUCUGAUCGACAAGCAGUCAACUGGAGAGGAAAUGGACCCACGAGUCCGCCACUUUGCUAAAACCUGCUUCCGGCAGACUCUUGGGAUCUCGGCUCAUCAGAUUGCUUUUGUGGUUUCUACCAACGCCCAAUCCAAGAUUUUCAACACGACAACCAUUGAUGGAGCCUAUAUUCCGGAUAUCGAGAUUCUUUUCUCUCAAAAUGAGCGUCUGAUUGGCCGAAUUGAUACCAACUGGAUUGUCCAGGAAACGGCUAAGACAAUUGCUACCCUAACCCAAUGGACCGGAGUCGAAUACCCUCUCGAAAAAUUAAGCAUCGCCUCCGCUCCUAUCAUGCCGAAUUCUGUAGCAUCAGCUGGAGGCCUUGGAAUGAUGAUUGUACCGGCUGCUGUCAUUGAGCAUGAGAAAAAUCAACGUUAUCAUUCUCACUUCCUCCGCAAUAUUAUUUCACAAUGGAUUGGCGGUAUUGUCGGGCUCAAGGAUCAAAACGAGAUUUGCCUUCAGGAAUCCCUCGUCGAAUACCUCGAAUCCAAACUCCAUGAAGACCACAAAAUCACCCUCGUCGUCAACCGAACCCGAGCCGAGAGCCUCUCUGAUAUCGAAAAAGCGAAAGUCUUGGAAUACAUGCGCCCAGCUCGGAUUCAGCGUGGUGAUCACUGUGGAGCAAGAGGAAAGACGCUGUUCUACAGUCUUGAUGAGACCUUUGGGCCCUCGACUGUUAUCUCGAUGAUUAAGGAAAUCUUCUCAAAAUACUCCUUCUCGGUGGCUGGAAUUCAAGAGUAUGCUGAUGCUCUCGAAGCUAGAACACGCUCAAAAACUGCUGGUCAACUCUUACGCCGUUGGUUUAACUCCACCACACCACCAACUGUUCUCCUGAAAGUUGAUUCCAACAAGAUCUCGGUUCAACAAAAUGGUGAUGCUUGGUCGCUACCUAUCGAGAUCGCCGGUUCUAAUGGAAUCCAGCUAAUCGAUAUCACCGGAAAUGACACAAUCCCCUUCCAAUCCACCGACUAUGUCAUUGCCGACCCAAAACGAAGGAGCGUCGCUUUUGUUGGAUAUGAUCUUGAAUCCUACCUUCGAUUAGUGCGUUGUUGGGACGAUUCUCGAUGCCCGUCUAGCAAGGAUGACCUGAAAGGACUGUUCAAAGAUUUCGGAUACCUAUUGCUGACCAAGCAGAUUGAGGUUUCGAACGCUGCUGAUGCUCCCCGAUGGAGGCAAUUCUUCCACUUCUUGCAUUCUAGGGCUCUUGUUCAGGGUCAUGCUAAAUGUUGCGUGGCUUAUGCUUUGAAUGACAAACACACGGUCGAAAGCGUCGAUUGCUAUCACUUUGUCGGCGACGUCUGCUCGAAAAUCGAUCUUUUAAGCAAGAUGAGAUCU